GAUAGAUAAAUAAAUAUAAUAAAGAAUGAAGCUAUUUUUAUUUAAUCUUAAUAUGUAUACUUAAUAAGUUAUCUGGGUUUUGAACCAUGGCAAUUAUUUUUGCUAAUAAUUUUUUAAAUAAUCAUUUUCAAUGGGGUAAAUAUUACCACAUUUUUGUGAGGCAAUCAGGUUGGACCCAUAAUUGAUUUCUAUUUAUGAUAAAUGAUUCUUUGAGGUAAGUGUAAAUUAUAUACAAAAUUAUAAGUGAGAGGUGAAAACCAUUGUGUGAUAAAAAAUUUGUUAAAAGAAUUGAUAAAUUUUUUAUUUCAUUAUUAGAUAAAUUUUAUAUAACAUCAAAUUUUCCAUAAUAUAUUUGGCCUUUUUUCUAAAUAUUUAUAGAAAUCUUGGGAGAAUGAACAGAUAAUCUAUUCCUCUCAUUUGAUUAUUGAUUUAAGAAAAGAUUUCAAUUAAAUGAAUUGACAAAGUGAUUCCAUAUACUGAAAUAUUGUUUAUUUUUGUUAACAAUAAAUUAAAUUUUUGGAUAUGGCUUGGGAAUAAUCUUUGAAACCUAUGAUGUGGUUUGGGUUUGGAUUUCCAUUAAACAUGAACUGGGCCUGAAAAUUAUUUUUACUUAUGACCUAGGCUGGAUGAAGAAAUCAAUGCCAGUGAAGGUCUCUAAUUUCAAUGAUUAAAAUAUAUCAUUUCUCAGACUUUAUUUGAAGAUAAAUGAAUGGGCAAAUCACAAAUAUGCCUGUUUUCAAUUAUUUGCAAAAUUUAUUAGGAUUGUUAAUUUAAAGAAACUAUGAUUUCAAAGCAUCAUACAUUUCUAAAAAUUGUUGGACACUAAGAAAUAAAGAAAUCAAUUGUGAAGUGUAUAAUGGAGGAAAUAUUGAUCCAUGAUUGUUUUGGCAUAAAUAACAAAAAAUAUUAUAUUUUUUGUGACCAUGCAUUAAGCUUACAUAUAAUAUAAUAGGAAUCUUUUAAGAAAACAUUAUCAAAAAUAUAAGUUAAUAGCUGAUAGUCCAUUAUGAAUGACUGGUAAUCAGAAUUUUCUUCUUUAUUCAAUGAUGGGUGCAUAAUAAAUUUCCUUUAUAUGAUGAUGAUUGAAUCAGUAAAUUUUUCAUUAUUUUUAUAAAAUAUGUUAAUAGAGUGUAUAUUUAUGAAUUUUAAUUUAAAAACAAUAAGGGUCUAGAAUAUAUUUUUUUGAUUAUAAAUUACAAAUACAAAUGAAUAAGAAUUUAUUUUAAAAGAUUUUAAUAUAUUUUUUAGAUUAAAAAUAUAAUACAAAUGAAUAAAAAUUUAUUGUGCACAUAUAUUAAAAUAUCUAAAUAUAUAUUUCUUUAAUAUAUUUUGUAAAACCACUGGAAAAUUUUAAAAUUACACCCUCAUUUAAACAAAUAUAAAUUUAAUUUCUGAAUCACACCUCAUAAGAUAGGAGAAUUUUAAGAUUCAGCCAUCCACCGUCAAAUAAAGGAUAAAAUUAUGAUUCUCCAUCAUUCUUGAUGGCCAUCAGUGAAUGCCAAGUAACAAAACAAUAUAUAAAGUCAAAUGUGACUAUAUUAAUUGUAAAACUUCUAAAAUAAGAAGUGACAAAAUAAAUAACCAUUAUAAACAUAAACAUCCUCAUGUCAAGUUAUCUGAUAUCAAAUUUACAAAGAUAGCUAUCAAAAAGGAUAAUAAUUGGGUAUCCUUAAAUAAAGAUAUUCCAUUCAAUAUCACAAAUGGGGUUGAAACCAAGUUACAAAAAAAAUCAAUAACAUCUUACUUCCAAAAACACAAAUCUUUUAUUGAAGAUUCCCAAAUUAUAUUAUCUCAUACAAUGCCCAGUUCCAGUGAUCUGCUGAUUUUGAAUAAUGAGCUCAAAUCUUUUACUGAAGAUUCCCAAAUUAUAUUAUCUCAUACAAUGCCCAGUUCCAGUGAUCUGGUGAUUUUGAAUGAUGAGCAUGAAUCUUUUAUUGAAGAUUCCCAAAUUAUAUUAUCUUCUCAUACAAUGCCCAGUUCCAGUGAUCUGCUGAUUUUGAAUAAUGAGCACAAAUCUUUUACUGAAGAUUCCCAAAUUAUAUUAUCUCAUACAAUGCCCAGUUCCAGUGAUCUGGUGAUUUUGAAUGAUGAGCAUGAAUCUUUUAUUGAAGAUUCCCAAAUUAUAUUAUCUUCUCAUACAAUGCCCAGUUCCAGUGAUCUGCUGAUUUUGAAUAAUGAGCACAAAUCUUUUACUGAAGAUUCCCAAAUUAUAUUAUCUUCUCAUACAAUGCCCAGUUCCAGUGAUCUGCUGAUUUUGAAUGAUGAGCAAACACACAAAGUUAUUGAAAAUUCCCCAAUUAUAUCUUUUUUUCAUCCAAUUAUCAAUCCCAAUGCAAGCCAAAAUAUUUCAAACAUUAAAGGCCCAAAUAUUAUUCAAUUAUAUAAAAAAAAGGAGCCUAAUGACCCUUUUCAUUUCAUAUUCUUUAGAAUGACAAAUAUCUUGAUUAAUUUCAUAAUUUCCAUAGGCCCAUGUCAGCCAUGUUCAAAUAUAUUUCAAUAUCCUGUUACUCACAAAAGGAGCAUGAAUAUAUCCUAUUAUAAAAAGGUUAAUAUUGAUGGUUCCCUCAAACCAAGAAAUUGGUUAUCCUAUAGCACCACUUUAGACAAAGUCUUUUGUCUUUAUUGUCUUAUGUUUGGUGGCCCUAAAUCCAAUACUUUUUGGACUCAACUUGGAGUAAAUAAUUGGAAAAAUUUUAAGCGUGACUUAGAGAGACAUGAGUCAUCUUCUAUUCAUAAGGAUUGUGAAUACACCAACAUGACUUGGCUUGCAAAUAAGCGUAUUCAAGAUCAUUUUCUAUCAAAUAGGCUUGAUAUAAUAAUGGAAAAUCGUAAUAUAGUUCAUAAUAUUAUUGAUGCCAUUAUAUACCUUAUAAAAUGUAACAUAGCCUUUUGGGGCACUAAUUCGAAUGAAGGUAAUUUUAUGUGCCUCAUAAAAUUAAUGGCAAAAACGGUUCCAACUUUACGGGCAUACAUUGAUAACAACGAAAAAUUGAGGAGAAAAAAAUCAGAUAAAAUUUCAAGACCUUAUAUAAAUUUAUUGUCAUAUGGCCAUGUGAAAAAAAUUAUUGAAGUCAUUAAGAUAAAAAUAAUAAAAUGUAUUAUUCAAAAAAUUAAAGAGAAUUGUGCCUAUAGCAUCAUAUUAGAUGGAACAUAUGAUGUGUCUAAAAAAGAAUGCAUUGCUUUACUUGUAAGAUAUAUAGAAGAUGAUCCGCAUCCACAUCCUGUAGAAAGGAUCAUCCAUGUUUUUACAACAUCAGAAACCACCGGGGAAAAUAUAAAGAAACAUGUUUUUUCUAAGUUCAAAGAUCUUGGUCUUCCUCUUGAUUAUAUGGUUGGGCAAAGUAUGGAUGGUGCAGGGAAUAUGAGAGGAGUAUACAAAGGAAUGCAGGCUUUAAUAUUGAAAGAGGCUCCAAAAGCCAUAUAUAUUUGGUGCCAUGCACAUAGGCUCAAUUUAGUAGUUGCUCAUGUUUGUGGAUGCAAAAUAGAAAUGAAAAAGGUAAUGGGAAUAUUGGAUGAGUUAUAUAAUUUCAUGAAUGGGGUAAGACGUCAAGGAGUGUUUGUUAAAUAUCAAAUGACAAAGUCUAAAAAAUCUCUUAAAAGAAUAAAAAAUACAACAAGAAAUUGGUCAUCAUCUUAUAAAGCUGUAGAAAUUUUUUUAGAUGUUUAUGAACAUAUUAUAGCAUCAUUAAAUGAAUUAAAAGAUUCUAAUGACCCAAGCACCUCUUCUAUUGCCGAUGGAUUAUUAACAAGAAUUAAGGAUGAAGAUUUCAUAUUAAGUCUAUUUAUUUUGAAAGAAAUAUUGAAAUGCACACAUGAGGCUUGUAUUGAAAUGCAGGCAGUUGGUAAUGAUUUGGCUAUGGUAACUAAAUUAAUACAACACACAAAAAAUAAAUUACAAAGACUAAGAGCUAAUGGGGAUAAUAUUUUUUUAAAAUUGCAUUCCUUAUCUAACAGUUAUUUGAAAAAGAAUAAUGUUACAACGGAAUUGCAUAAUAUAAAAUCAAUAUUCAAAUUUGAUCAAACAGCAUUCAAUAAUUAUGUUAAACAAAAAAAAAACAAAUAUAAAAGGGAAAUAUUUUUCCCUGUGCUUGAUACAAUCAUUAAUGAUUUAAAUGAAAGAUUUAAUUAUGAUUGUUUAAAUUUUUUAUCUCAAAUAUCUCUUUUUACACCAGCUGGAAUUAUAGCCAAUGAUAGAAUAGAAGGGUGGCAAAUAUCUCAAAUUUGUCAUACUUACCAAUUAAAUGCUCAAGAUAUUGCUCGUGAAUAUAAUGAUUUUCGAUCUUUAUAUUUGGAUUCACAAGCAAUCAUUUAUUGCAAGGAUCUUUUGAAAAUAAAAAAGAAUGAUGGGUUAUAUAUUGAUGAAAGUAUUGUAAACGAUGAAACCGAGGAAGAUAUCAAUAACGAUAACAUAAUUAAUACAAAAAAAUGGAUAAAAUAUUCAUUUAUACUACCAUAUCGUCUUUUAAAUAAAUUAAAUUCUUAUUCUAAUUUAUAUUUAUUAUAUAAAUAUUUAUUGACUCUACCAACUACUUCUUGUUCAGCCGAAAGAGUGAUGAGCAAAGUCAAAAUAAAUAAAACUAGAAUGCGGAAUAAAAUUUCUGACCCCUUUUUAGAAAAUUUACUUCUAAUAUCCAGCGAAAUUGAUGUUUUUGAAAGAUUUAAAAUAGACGACAUUAUAACGCGAUUUGCAUCUACGUCUAAAAGAUUAACUAAAUUAUUAAUAAAAUAAGUUAUAUCUUUUUCACAGCUAAUUAUAUACGCCUUUUUAAUAAUGUAAAUUUAAUUUAAUAGUUUUUUAUAUCAUUCUAGUCCGGUGCAUAAUAUAAUACUAUAUUCAUUUUAUUUAAAUAUUUUAUAAUAGUUAUAUUUACAUAAAUGUUUUUAUAAUUCCAGUGCAAAAUAUAUUAUAUUCAUUUUAUUUUAAUAUUUUAUAUAAAACUUAUAUUUACAUAGAUGUUUUUAUAAUUCCAGUGCAACUAUAUUCAUUUUUUUCUCAUAUUUUAUAUAAAAGUUAUAUUUACAUAAAAAAAUUUAUAUUUCCAGUGCAAAAUAUACUCUAUUCAUUUUAUAUUUUAUAUAAUAGUUAUAUUUACAUAAAUGUUUUUAUAAUUCUUGUGCAAAAUAUACUAUAUUCUUUAUUCUAAUAUUUUAUAUAAAAGUUAUAUUUACAUAAAAAUUUUUUUUAUAUAAUAGUUAUAUCUAUAUGAAUGUUUUUAAUUAAUAUAAAGGCAUUAGUAUUUAUAGAAUCAAGCUAUACCUCUUUAAAAUUACUCAUUUUGUUUUUUUUACUUAAUAUAAAGGUAUUAGUAAUUAUAGAAUCAAGCUAUACCUCUUUAAAAUUACUCAUCUUAUAUUUUUU